CGAUCAUUCAGCAUCAUGCCUGAACCAGCCAAGUCCGCGCCUAAGAAAGGCUCCAAGAAGGCCGUCACGAAGACCGCCGGUAAGGGAGGAAAGAAGCGCAGAAAGUCCAGGAAGGAGAGCUACGCCAUCUACGUGUACAAAGUGCUGAAGCAGGUUCAUCCUGACACCGGCAUCUCCUCCAAGGCGAUGGGCAUCAUGAACUCUUUCGUCAACGACAUCUUCGAGCGCAUCGCCGGUGAGGCGUCUCGUCUCGCUCACUACAACAAGCGCUCCACCAUCACGUCGAGAGAGAUCCAGACCGCCGUGCGUCUGCUGCUGCCCGGUGAGCUGGCCAAACACGCCGUGUCUGAGGGCACCAAGGCCGUCACCAAGUACACCAGCUCCAAGUAGAGUCCCCGAGACUCCCACACACCCAAAGGCUCUUUUAAGAGCCACCCAUAUACUCACACAAAAGAGAUUUUAAUUGUAGUGGGCUCUUGUUUUUUGUAGUUGGAACGUAAAAUAAUUGGCUUUUAGUUAUGCACGUUUAUAUGUAGUAGUUAGCAUUUUUGAAGUGUAUCUAUAAAAAAAAAAAAUUUUUUUUUCUAGGAACUAAGCAGUCCUAAAAAAGGCUUUGAUCCAUUUCAAUUGUUAACUCUCUGUGUGUGUGUGUGUAUAUAUGUAUGUAUAUUUGUGUGUGUAUAUAUAUAUAUAUAUAUAUAUCAAUACAGUGAACUAAGUAAAUUUGCAAACCGUUCUAAUCAGUUGCUUAAUAUUACUUUAAUGUAGAAAAAGAGCCUAACUUUUGUGUAAAGUUGUAUUUAAAUUUGCACCGCCUAAAACUACCAUAAAAGCAAGCUCUUUAUUUUUUUUUUUAACUUAUCUUUUGGGCUGCUUUUAUAAAAUUAAAAGCUUUACAAAACCUAAUUGCUGCUAUUAAUAUUAAAAUGUUUUUAAUCAGUGAAACAAUAACUAUACCAAUCAAGUAUUUUAUUAUAUAUUUUUGUUCCUGUAGCUGUAGAUUCAAAUCUUGUUUCAGGCAAUAACUACAAAUGUUCCAAAAUAAAUAUGAAAAUGAAGUGUACAAUACAAUACCAUAUAUACCUUUUCCAUGUUUUUAUGAUUAAUAAUGACUGUUUUUGAUAAUUUUGUGUUAAAAUUAUGUAAUAAAAUGUAAUUAUUUAA